AUGAGUCAGCUAGCUAAAUUGGAUAACGUAGCUGUUGUGCGCCACGUUCUCAACUAUGCAGUGCUGCGCAUCGAUGUCGGUAGUACCAUGGGGUGGGGUCUGUACAGGGACUGCUGGGCGGGUGAGACUAGCGGGUAUGUGUCGUACUUCCUUAGGGACGACGACGAGGAUGUGACGCUGGUAGGCGCAACUGAUCUGGCGGGUGGGUAUGAUUUCAACGUCGUGCCGCUUGUGCUCUGCGGUGUGAAAGGAGUUGAUGAAAAAAUAGAGAAGUUCGUCCAGUUUUUCACAGCGGUUGCCGCCAAGUACAAAGCAAUGUACAGCGCGGUGUAUGGGAACUGGCUCAAGCUGCUGGAGAGCUAUUGCUACUUUAGCAGCUCGCUGGUGUGGCACAACUGGUCAAAGUGGUGCCAGAGUAAUGGAUCUUCAAAACUGGACAAGGAUACGAGCACAUACCUGUACGACAAAUUGAUUGCCAACUAUCUUAUACUGGGUGAAUCGAACCAGUACAGCAUUGAUCAGUUCACUACAGUUUUGAAAAAUAGGAUGUUGAGGAUCUACAACAGCACAAGAAAACGCACUUUUGGUAAAAAAAAAAUAGAGAACUAUAACCCUUAUUUGAAUUACGGUAUUUGGUUCGACUUGUCUAAUGGUAUUGUUUUGUUCAUUAAUUGUGAAUUGGCAGCCACAAUUGAGCUAAAUGAAAUGAAAUUGCACUCCAGUUUCGGAGCCUGUAUUGACGAGCUGCCCAUCGAUGACCUUGUUCGUAAAUUACUGGUGUUCUGUAAUAUGAGUCUAGUCGAAUGUUUGAUGAGGGAAACGAGUGGGCCGUUCAGUUAA